AUGGAAGAUUUGAUCUCCCCUGCCCACGCCGUCCACACCGUUUUCCGUCCCCUCUUCUUCGCCACCCCUCGACCAGGACUCACCACGCACCAUGCACCACUCACUACGGAGUACUCUCGACGAACCAAGUUUUCCCGCUUGUGUGAUCUAAUGCAUGGCCAGAGCGGGUCAGCGCGGCCAAGGACAGUUGUUCCUUCCCUCUUUAUUCUGCCGGGACGCGCAACGCCUGCGCCGGAACGGACUGCCACAUUGGCCGAGACGCGCCCACCGCCGGCCCCUGGGCGGUCCAAGCUACGGGUUGAUUCCAGGGCUACCCGCUAUCCUGGUUGGCCCUCGCUGGCAGGCAGGAGGCAGGCAGGCAGGCAGAUCAGGCUCGGUGGCCAGCUGCAGGCGAUCAUCCCCGUGCCUGUCGCGCUGGAUACCUGCCGCUGGUCGCCUCGGGUUCAGGCGCGAAAACCCGACUCACGAACACGCACGAACAUGCUUAUUAGCUCUCGGGCUUUUCCUCGCACUCCUGCGUUAGACCCCUCCGCCACCCCAGCCACAAAUUGGCACUCAAGCCUAACCGAUGCUCCUAGGCUGCUAGCUGCUAGCUGCUCUUGGGGGGGUCAGGGUGUCAUCGCCGUAACCCCAAACUACAAUACCGAGCGCACGUAA